AUGCAAAACGACAAAAACACUCUUUCUUCCAUCUCAGAUAGAUACGCAAGAAAUGCUGAUUAUCCCGAAGGGACAAAACAAACACCUACAACACAAGAUGGUAACAGUAAUACGAAUAUCGUGUUUACAGAACGCACCAGUACUGUUCCUUUUAUAAUUCCAAAUGACACGAGCACUUCAGCUACAGUCAAAAGAGGUGAUAACGACGCAGCGUCUUUAAAGAUCCCAGAUACUACUAAUGCCAUUUUUCAAAGUAAGACCACUUCCGCAUCUACAGACGUUCCAAACGAUUUUAGUGCUUCAGUUCACAAUGACAUGCUCACAGUAUCUACUUCUGUUGCGCAUGCCCAUGACACUGACAAUAAAAGCUCACCCAUGACCAAUUCGGAAGAAACCAGCACUAUCAGCAAAAAUACUUUUACCUUUGAAUCUGGUAAUAUGAAUCCGGCUUCUUCAGAAGUUAGUGCUACUACAGAAGAUAUAACAAGCACUGCAGAUAGCAAGAGCAAAGUCAAUACAGGUAAAUAUAAUUCUGCAUCAAUUCCCCUUUCUACGGUGACUAACCACGUGUUCUCAACAUACGGAUCACACGGCAGAAGUGUUGUUAAUAAUACAGUUCUAGAUGGCACAAGCGCUGACACUGGUACUACCAUAUCAAGUACUAUAGAACUGGUAGACACUAAAACUACUACUGUGACUGAUGCCACCAGUACAAUACCUGCUGAUAUGCUAGAUUGGGCUAUUCUUAGCACAAGAGAAGAUGUCACCGAUACUACAGAAUCUGCAUCGUCAACUGCCAAUUCCAAUGUUACUGCAGAUAGUGAUCCCAAAGCAACUACCACUGAAGACACUGUUUCUUCUGUACAUUCAUAUGACAGUAGCACUCUGUUUUCUAGCGCACCGAUUAACUCUGACACUAGUACAAAAUUUGUUUCAGUUGGAACAAACGAUGUUGUCUCUACAGAUGAAGAUGCUAGCAUCUCUCUGUCUGUUGCAAACAGAAGAGUGUCGUCGUCUGUCUAUCCGGAUGACAGCUCUAGUAUACCUACUGCAAUAUCAAACGAUGUCAUCAGUGCGUCUACAGUCGCUAAAGAUUUUAGCACAACUGCAUCUACAACCGAUCCAGAUGGCAAUGACAGUGUAUUUACUAUAUCUUCAGAUGACGGCGAAAAUCUAUUUAAUAUCAUUUCAAAUGAAAGUGAAAUUUUCUCUACUUCUGCUCAAAGUACCAGACAUAUUAUGUCUACUAAUGAGAGCGCUGACUAUCAUAUGCCAACAAAUGACAUCAAUACUAUUUCUACUUGGUCAGCAGGUGAGACCAGCACUAACUCCACUUUCUCAAAAUUUGACACCAGUCCUGAAACUCAUACGUCAACUAAUAGAAACAGCAAUCAGCAAUCUGCGGUAAUAGAAGACAACAAAACAGAACCACCUACGUCAGGAGAUGGCAUAAACAUUCAAUCAGUUUCGGAACCAAGUGGCAUCAGUAUUCAAUCAACUAUGCAGUCACCUACUUCAAAAGACGGCACAAGAACUCGAACCAUUACAACAUCACGUGGUACCAGCACAGAAUUUUCGACGAUGGCAACAAUUGAACAUAGAACAGAAUCCACAACGUCAGUAGAUAAAGUAACUACGCUUAAAAAUGGCUUCAGCAUUGAAUCCACUAUAGCAACAACGGUAUUAACAUACUCACCAUCGCCUACAGAUGACACCCGAACUGAAUCCACUGUAACAGCUACUGAAUCUAAUAAGGAAUCAGAUGUUACCAACAGUAAAUCAACUACAGCAUCAAACGCAAUUAUCAUUCAGCCUACUAUUGCACCAGAUAACUCCAACACUGCAUCAUCUACGACAGCAAAUGAUACCAGCAGUGAAUUUUCUACUGCAUCAGCUGGCACCAGUAUUGAAUCGACAAAGGCUUCAGCUAGCGGCAACACUCAGUUCUUAACAACAUCAGAUAGCAAGAGCACUCAAUUCUUUUCUGCAUCAGAUAGCAUAAACACUCUGUCCGAUACGUCAAAAUAUCAUAUCGCUGGCAUAAGCAGUAGAUCCCUUUUAACGUCUAAUGACAUCGACACUGAAUCUACCACGUCAGCAAGUGGUUCCAUUAGUAAAUCCACUAUGCCGUCAGAUGACAUCAGCAGUAAAUAUCCAGCUUCCACAAGUGGCACUAGCAUUGAAUCUAUCAAUGUAUCAGAUGAGCUCAACAUUGAACCAACUGUGACAACUGAACACAGUGACCAGUCAUCUUCAACAUUAGGUAUUAUGACCACUGAAUCCCCAGAUGACAUAAGCAAGAGGUUUUUCAUAUCGCCAGAUGCCACAAACACUAAAUACUCUUCUGCAUUAGAUGGCAUUACCACGCAAUCCACUAUAACAACAGAUCAAAUUAGCACUAAAUCCACUAAUCUACUAAAUGACUUCAACACUGAAUCAAGUAUGAUAUCUGAUUACAUCAUAACCAAAUUAACUACUGCAACAAACGCUAUCAGCACUCAGUCCACCACGUCAGAUGACUCUACUAUUCUAUCACCUACUUCAUCAAAUGAUAGAAGCAGUGAAUAUUCUGUUUUACCAUCUAACAUCAAAACUGAAUCCCCUGAAACAGUUGCUGUCACGACUCAGUCCACUACGUCAAAAAAUAACAAGAACAUUCAAACCAAUACUGCAUUAGAUAACAUAACUGAAUCCAUAAAAUCAACAUAUGACAUCUCUGAAUUAACUAAAUCACCAGUUGACAUGAGUAGUGGAUCAUCUAUUGAAUCAGGUGAAAUCAACACUGUGUCUGCUGCGUCAAGAGAUGGUUCCAGCAGCGAAUUUACAAUGGCACAAGACGUUAUCAGCGGUACUAAAUAUCCAACGUCAAACGAUGAUUUAAACAAUGACAUCAGCGCCAAAUCAACUAUGGCAACAGCUAGCGUCAGGAUCGAAUCUAUCGAGUCUCAUACUAUUACUACUGAAUUCGCAAUGUCAACAGAUGUCACUAGCAAUGAAUCAUUUGCAUCAUCAGAUGGAACAAGCAAUAAAUACCAUUCUGUAUCAGGUGAUAUCAAAACUCAAUCCACUAUAAUUGCAGAUGACACCAGAACGGAAUCCACUUAUCCAACAGAUUGUACCAGCACUGAAAUCAAUACGGUAUCUGACUACAAGGGUACAGGAUCAACUACUACAGCAAACAACUUUAGCAGCAUUCAGACUACUGUUGAAUCAAAUGGCUCUUUCACUAUGUCUCCUACUUUAUCAAAUGACACAAGCAAGGAAUCUUCUACUGCAUCGGCUAACAACAACACUGGAUCUGUAAUAGCAACAGAUGGUACCAGUACGACAUCAGAUGGCAAGAGCCAUAAAUCAUUUGCUGCCUUAAGCAGCAUAUCAUCUAUGGCGUCAGAUGAUAUCAACACUGAAUCGUCUAUUGCAUCAGUUGAUUUCAUCACUGAAUUGAUAACGGCACUAGAUGGUACCAGAACUAUUACAACAUCAGAUGGAAAGAACACGCGGUUCAAAAUUCAAUCAGAUAGCAUCCGCACUGACUCCCCUACGUCAUCAAGUAACGUCAACUCUGACUUCACUGUGUCAGUCAAUGAUAUCAGCACAGAAGCAACUUUGACAUCAAGGGACAUCAACACACAAUCUACUAAGGCACCAGUAGACAGCUUUCUUUCCAUGACGGCAUCAAGCGACAUUAGCACUGAAUCUACUGUGUCAUCAGGUGACACUAGUUCUGAAUAUAAAAAGUCGACAGAAAGUAGGCACACUAUCUUGUCUACUUCAAUAGAUAGUAUCAGUACUCAGUCCACGACGUCACCAGAUGCAGUCAGUACUCCUUCACCUGGGACAACAGGGAGUGACAGCGAAACAUUUUCAUUGACAGAUGACAUAAACACUGAAUCAAACGGCAUUAGUAUUAGAAUAGAUGGUACCAGCACUAAAUCAACUGCGACAACAAAGGGAAUCAGAACUGAAUUCAUUGCGAUAUCAGAUGAAAAUAAUACUGAAUUCAACACGGCAUCAGCAGGGACCAUCGCUGAAGUCUCAAUGCCAAAAGAUGUUUCCAGUAGUGAAUCUACGAAGUCAGUUGACUCCACUUUGGCAUAUGAUACCGUCAGCUCAGAACGCCCUACCCCAACACAUGAAAACAGUUUUCAAAUCACUACGGCAAAACAUGUAAACAAUAUUGAAUCCUCUACUGCAUCCGAUAGCACCGGCAUUGGUUCGACUACGUCAUCAGAUAAUAAUAGCUCUCAAUCUAAUAUGAUAACAGAUGACAUCGUCACUAAAUCAACAACGUCAUCAGAUGGAUUCAGUACGGAAUUUUCUACUUCAGAAUAUAGUAAAAGCAAUACAUUUUCCCCGAUUGAAGAUGCCAUUAACACUGAAUCCACACUGGGAUCAGAUAAUACAAGUAUAAAAAUUACUAUGAGUACAGACGUAAUCAGUAAUGACUUCACAACGUCAAAAGAUGGCACAACUAGUACUGGACUUACCACCACAAAAGAUGGUGCUAAACCUACCUUUCCUACGUCUAUAGAUGAAAUAAGCGCUAGAUUUCCUUUGUCAGCAGAUGGCACCAACACUGAUUUCCCUGUCUCAGCAGAUAAUGUAAGCACUAAAUCCUCCGCAUAUGGCAUUAGUACUUCUUUCUCUACGUCGAUAGAUGGCACAAGCACAGAUUCAACUAUGGAAACAUACCUCAAUAGCACCAAAUCAACUACAACAGCAGACAGUGCUAUAUCUACGCCAUCAGGUGACUAUACGAGUGAUUCCGUUCACAUAAGCAAUGAAUUCACAACAUCAUUAGGUGAUAACAGGAGUGAUUCCACUUCGUCAUUGGAUGGAACUAGCACUGCAUUUACAUUGGCAACAAAUGACAUGAGCAAUGAAUACACAGUAGUAACAGAUGGCAUAAGAAAUGAAUACACUACUGCCUCAGCAGGUAUCAAAACUCAUUUCACUACGUUAACAGAUAAAACCAGCGCUGAACCUACCACUACAACAAAUGGUAUCAUCACCGAAUUUACAACAGGAAAAGGAGGCAACGGUGUUGAAUCGACAGCUACAACAAACGGCAACAGCAUUGACUUUACCAUAGCAACAAAUGGUAUUAACACUGAAAUCACAAUUGCGCCAGAUGACACUAGUAACGGAGCCACUAUUAAAAUAGUUGGGACCAGUGCUGAGUUCACUACUGCAACAGAAGGGACCAGCGCUGAGUUCACUACUGCAACAGAUGUCAUCAACACGUUAUCCAAUAUAGCCACAAAUCACCCCGUGACUGAAUCAACUAAAACGUCAUAUACUCCAUUCACCACAUCAGUAGAUGCCACCAACACUGGAUCAACUACUGUUUCAAAUGGCACUGACUUCUCUAUAGCAACAGGUGACACGAACACUAAAUCAGCUACGGCAGAUGGCACUAGCAUUGAAUUAACUGAUGGUGACAGUAAUAAAUUCUCCAUGGCAACCAGUUCUGAAUCGAUUGUAACUUCAGAUGGCACUAGCACUAUAUCCAGUAUAGAAAUAGAUGAAAUCAGUACUGAAUCGAUUACGUCAAAAGACUUUAACAAAACCGAAUUAACUCCGGUGAAAUAUGUUACCAGCACUGAAUCUACUUUGUCAUCAGAUGAAAUUACAGAUGAAUUCAAUACUGCAUCGUAUGACAAAAGUAUUAAUUUUACUAUUGUAACUGAUGACAUCACUAAUCAAUUCACUACUGCUUCAGAUACUUCUGAAUUCACUAUGGCAACAGGUGACGUCAACAAUGAGUUUACGAUGGCAACAUAUGGUACCAGUUCUGCAUCUCUCUUGGCAGCAGACGGGAUCUUUUCAGAAAGGGAUUACACCAACACUGGGAUCACUACUGUACCAGACAGCACCAGUACAGAGUACAUUGAAAAAACAAAAGGUAUGAACACUGAAUUCACUACUGCACCAAAUGAUAAUACCACUGAAUCCACGGUAGAUAAAGAUGACAUCAGCACUGUAUUCACUGCUUCAUCAGCGGACAUCAACCCCGAAUUAGGCAUGACAACAGAGGACAUAAAUACUGGAUCCAAUACCAACUAUGCCUCAGAUGGUAUUAGCACUAAAUCUACUACGUCACUAAAAGUCCUAAGCAGUAGAUUCACCUCGUCACUAGAUAACACCAACACUGAAUAUAUUCCUGUAUCUGAUGACAACGCCACAUAUUUUUCAUUUGUAACAGAUGGCACCAGUACUGAUUUCACGACAGCAACAGAUGGACUAAGUGCUAAAUCAUCUGCGGCAAAAGAUGGCAUCAGUACUGAAUCGAGUAUUGGAACAGAUGUUACAAAACUUGAAUCAAUUUUUACUUCAGUCGGCAUCAAGUCUCAAUCUUCUUCGGCAACAUAUGGCUACAGCACUGAGCGUUUGACGUCAGUUGAUUUCAGCACUGAAUUCAUUUUGGAGACAGAUGUCACCAGCACUAAAUCAACGUCAUCAACUAAUGGCUCCAGUGCUGAAUCCACUGUGGCAUCAGAUGAUAUUGGUACUAAAUCCAAUAUGGGAAAAGGAGACUUAAGCACUAAAUCAACAACGGCAAUUGAUCCGACCAACACUAAAUUGACUACUGGGCUAUUUGGAUCAGACAUCUCCAGCGCUGAAUCCACCAAAAUAACAAACGACACAAACAAAGCAAAUACACCAACGGACGCUACAAGCAUUAAUCCCACUGUGGAGUCAGUCAGCAUCAGCAUUAAUGCAUCUUCGUCAACAGAUGUCCCCAGCACAGAAGCCAAUACGGCAAAAGAUGACAUCAACAGUGAAUCUGAAGUGGCAACAAGUGGUAUCAGUACUGAAUAUAUUGCAUCAUCAAUAACGAAUCCAGUUGAAACAAAUAUUGUAUCCUCGUCCAUUACAGAUGUUAUUACCAAUGUAUUUUCGGCUUCAACAAUAACAGCUCCAGAUGAAACAAAUAUUGAAUUUACUUCCGUUACAGAUGACACUUUAUAUAACACAUUUACAGAUGUCAAUUCCAAUACAUCACAUAUUCCUUCCAUUUCAACUCCAGAUGAAACAAAUAUCAUAUCUGAUACCGUUACACAUGGCACAUUAUCUAACUCAGUUACAGAUGCUUAUACCAAUACAUCGCCUGCUUCAUCAAUAACAACUCCAAGUGAAACAAGUAUUGUUUCUACUACCGGUGCAGAUGCCGUUAAGAAUACAUCACUUGCUGCGCUAGUAACGACUCCAGAUGAAACAAGUAUUAUUCCUACUACCGUUACAGAUGAUACACUUUCUACCGCCGUUACAGAUGCCAGUAAAAAUAUACAGCCUACGUCAGGAAUAAGAACUACAGGCGAAACAAAUAUCGUAUCUACUUUCGUUACAGAAGACACUGUAUUUACCACCGUUGCAAGUGACAAUAAGAAUACAUCGCUUGCUUCUCCAAUAACGGCUCCAGAUGAAACAAGUGUUGUUCUUACUACCGUUACUCAUGGCACUUUAUCUACCUCCGUUAUAGAUGCAAAUAAUUAUACAUCACCUUCUUCACCAAUGACGAGUCCAUAUAAAACAAAUAUCGUAUCUGCUACCGUUACAGAUGGCACUUUGUCUACCACCGUUAUUGACUCAGACAACAAUACAUUAUCUACUUUAUCUGUUAAGACCCAAGACAGAACAAGUGUCGUAUCUUCUUCCGUUACAGAUGGCACUUUAUCUACUACCGUUACAGAUGUCAAUUUACCUUCUACUGCUUCACUAGGAGCCGUUCCUAGUGGAACAAAUUUCAAAUCAGAUACGGUUACAGAUGGCAUCUUAUCUUCCACCCUUAAAGAUGCCACCAAAAGCACAUCAUCAUUGCAAUCCACAACGGUUCCAGCUGGAACAAGCAAUGUAUCAACUUCUGCUAUUACAGAUUAUACAAAAAAUGUUUCUACUGAUCUCAAAGAUAUCAAUGACAGCACUGUAUCAAUACCUUCAACUUUUGUUGGCUCAAGUAUUCCCUUUACUUCCGGUACAGGUGUCACAAGCAAUGUUUCAAAUUCUGUUACAGAUGACACCGACACUGUUCCUACAGGUGUUCAAACCGACAGUACCACAGCUUUGCCGGUUACAACAGAUAAUAUUAGCACAAGUGCUAUGGCCACAACCGCUACAUAUGUCACAAGCACUGUUUCCUCCAUCGUUACAGAUGGCGCAAAUAAUAUUCCUACUAAUGCUCCAUUUAUCACCGGUAGCACAUCGGAAACGUCAACUAAAUUAGCCACUAAAAGUAAUAGUGUUAUGUCCACUACCAUUACAGGUCCCACAAGCAGUGUAUCAAAUUUUGUUACAGAUGACAGAAAAACUAUUUCAACCGAUGUUCCAAUUAUCACCGACAGUGAAUCAGCAAUGCCAGUAACAAUAGUUCAUGUUGGCAAAAGUGUAACUACUACUACAGAAACCAUAAACAAUUUAUCAACUUCUGUUUCAGAUGACACUUUUUCUACUGACGUAUCCCUUAACACCGCCAAUACAUCGUCUACGGCAUCUAAAAUAGUUCAUGCCGGUUCGAGUGUUACGACUACUACAUCUGACGAAAGCAUUGUAUCAUAUUCUUUUGCAGAUGACGCAGACACUGUUCCUACUGAUGUACCUACUAUUACCGACAGUGAAUCAACUACGCCGGCAACAACGGUAAAUGUUGGUACAAGUUCUAUGUCCACUACAGCGCCAGAAGACACAAGCAUUGCAUCAUCUUACGUUACAGAUGGUGCCAACAGGGUUUCAAAUGAUGUUUCAGUUAUAAACUAUAGUGUGUCAACUACGCCGGUUACAACAUUUAAUACUGGCAGUUAUGUUAUGUACACUAACGCUUCAGAUGUCAAAAAUAUUGUUUCAAGUUCUGUUACAAAUGGCGGCGACUCUGCUCCUGCUGAUAUCUCAGUUAUCACCGAACGUGAACCAACUACGCCAGGUAUAACAGUUCAUGCUGGCACAAGUAUUAUGUCUACUACAACUACGGUUUCUACCGAUACUCCAAUUAUCACAGACAGUGCCUCACCCACGUCGGUGACGACAGCUCAAGUUGAUACAAGUGUUAAGUCCACUACAGCUACAGAUGAAACAAGCAGUGUAUCAACUUCUGAUACAAAUGAAGCAAACACUGUUCCUACUGAUGUUCCAAUUACCACCAACAAUUCAUCAAUUACAUCGAAAGCAACCGUUCGUGUAAGCAAAAGUGUAAUUCCCACUACCACUGCAGAUGUCAAAAGCACUGAAGCGUCCUCUGUUAGAGAUGGUGCCAACACUAUUCCUACUUCUGUUCCAUUUGUCACCGGAAGUACACCAAAAACGUCAUUUAAAACAACCUCUGGUAGUAAAAGUGCAAUGUCCUCUACCGCUUCAGACGUCACAAGCAUUGUUUCAAGUUCUAUUACAAAUGGCGCUAACUCUGCUUCUACGGACGUUUCAAUUAUCGCUGAAAGUGCAUCAACUACGUUAGGUACUGAUGCUACUGAUGAUGUCGAUGUUUCCAACAUUGUUACAGAUGGCGGCGUCCCUGCUCCUACUGAUGUCUCAAUUUCCACCGAAAAUACUUCAACUUCACCAGUUACGACAUUAUAUAUUGACACAAGUAUUAUGUCCACUACCGCUAAAGAUACCACGAGCAUUGUUUCAAAUUCUAUUACAGAUGGAAGCGACUCUGCUUCUACUCAUGUCUCAGUUAUCACCGAAAGUUCAUCAGCUACGCCGGUUACAGCAUUUCAUGUUGACACAAGCGCUAUGUCCACUACCGCUACAGAUACCACCAGCAUUGUUUCAAAUUCUAUUACAGAUGGAAGCGACUCUGCUCCUACUGAUGUCUCAGUUGUCACCGAAAGUGCAUCAGCUACGGUGGUUUCAGCAUUUCUUAUUAACACAAGCGCUAUGUCCACUACCGCUACAGAUACCACCAGCAUUGUUUCAAGUUCUGUUACAGAUGGAAGCGACUCUGCUCCUACUAGUGUCUCAGUUGUCACCGAAAGUACAUCAACUAUGCCGGUUACCACAGUUCAUGUUGGUAGAAGUGCUAUGUCCACUACCGCUAAGGAAGCCACAAACACGGUAUUAUCCUUUUCUACAGAUGACUCCAACAUUGUUCCUACUGAUGCUACAUUUAUCACCGACAGUACAUCGAAAACACCAUCUAAGACUGUCCCUGUUAGUAAAAAUGUUACGUCUACUAUCGCUACUGAUGUCACCAGCAGUGUUUCAAUUUCUGAUACAGAUGGCACCAACACUGUUCCUACUGAUGUAACAAUUGUCACCGACAAUACAACAACUACGCUGUCAGCAACAACUCGUAUCGACACGGGUGUUACAUCCACUACACAGAUCGCAAGCAUUGUAUCAACAUCUGUCACAGAUGGCGCCCGCACUGUUCCUACUGAUGCUCCAAUUUUAACGGACAGUACAUCGACUACUCUAUCUACAGCAUCACCUGCGGGUAUUAUCGUUACAGAUAUAACAAAUAAUGUAUCAACAUCUGUCACAGAUGGCGCCGACACUGUUCCUACAGAUGCUCCGGUCUUAACGGACAGUGCAUUGACUACGCUAUCUACAUCAUCACUUGCCGGCACUACAGCUACGGAUAAGACAAACAUUGUAUCAUCAUCUGUCACAGAUGGCACCGACACUGUUCCUACUGAUGCUCCGAUCUUAACGGACAAUACAUCAACUAUGCUAUCUACAGCAUCACUUGCCGACACUACAGCUACAGAUAUGACAGACAAUGUAUCAACAUCUGUCACAGAUAGUGCCGACACUGUUCCUACUGAUGCUCCGAUCUUAACGGACAGUACAUCAACUACGCUUUCUACAGCAUCACUUGCCGGCACUACAGCUACAGAUAUGACAGACAAUGUAUCAACAUCUGUCACAGAUAGUGCCGACACUGUUCCUACUGAUGCUCCGAUCUUAACGGACAGUACAUCAACUACGCUUUCUACAGCAUCACUUGCCGGCACUACAGCUACAGAUAUGACAGACAAAGUAUCAACAUCUGUCACAGAUAGUGCCGACACUGUUCCUACUGAUUCUCCGAUCUUAACGGACAGUACAUCAACUACGCUAUCUACAGCAUCACUUCCCGGCACUACAGCUACAGAUAUGACAGACAAUGUAUCAACAUCUGUCACAGAUAGUGCCGACACUGUUCCUACUGAUGCUCCGAUCUUAACGAACAGUACACCAACUACGCUUUCUACAGCAUCACUUGCCGGCACUACAGCUACAGAUAUGACAGACAAUGUAUCAACAUCUGUCACAGAUAGUGCCGACACUGUUCCUACUGAUGCUCCGAUCUUAACGGACAGUGCAACGGCUACGCUAUCUACAGCAUCACAUGCCGGCACUACAGCUACAGAUAGGACAAACAUUGUAUCAACAUCUGUCACUGAUAGUGCCGACACUGUUCCUACUGAUGCUCCGAUCUUAACGGACAGUGCACCGGCUACGCUAUCUACAGCAUCACCUGCCGGCACUACAGCUACAGAUAUGACAAACAUUGUAUCAACAUCUGCCACUGAUAGUGCGGACACUGUUCCUACUGAUGCACCUAUCUUAACGGACAGUGCAUCGGCUACGCUAACUACGGCAUCACCUGCCGGCACUACAGCUACAGAUAUGACAAACAUUGUAUCAACAUCUGUCACAGAUAGUGCCGCAACUGUUCCUACUGAUGCUCCGAUCUUAUCGGACAGUACAUUAUCUACGCUACCUACAGCGACACCUGCCGACACUACAGCUAUAGAUAUGACAAACAUUGCAUUAACAUUUGUCACAGAUGGCACCGACACUGUUCCUACUGAUGCUCCAAUCUUAAAGGACAGUACACCAACUACGCUAUCUACAGCGACACCUGUCGGAACUACAGCUACAGAUAUGACAGACAUUGUAUCAACAUCUGUCACAGAUAGUGCCGACACUGUUCCUACUGAUGCUCCAAUCUCAACGGACAGUGCACCGGCUAUGCUAUCUACAGCAUCACAUGCCGGCACUACAGCUACAGAUAUGACAGACAAUGUAUCAACAUCUGUCACAGAUAGUGCCGACACUGUUCCUACUGAUGCUCCGAUCUUAACGGACAGUGCACCAGCUACGCUAUCUACAGCAUCACCUGCCGGCACUACAGCUACAGAUAUGACAAACAUUGUAUCAACAUCUGUCACAGAUAGUGCCGCCGCUGUUUCUACUGAUGCUCCGAUCUUAACGGAUAGUGCACCAGCUACGCUAUCUACAGCAUCACCUGCCGGCACUACAGCUACAGAUAUGACAGACAUUGUAUCAACAUCUGUCACAGAUAGUGCCGACACUGUUACUACAGAUGUUCCGAUCUUAACGGACAGUACAUCAACUACGCAUUCUACAGCGACGCCUGCCGGAACUACAGCUGCAGAUAUGACAGACAUUGUAUCAACAUCUGUCACAGAUAGUGCCGACACUGUUCCUACUGAUGCUCCGACCUCAACGGACAGUGCACCGGCUAUGCUAUCUACAGCAUCACAUGCCGGCACUACAGCUACAGAUAUGACAGAAAAUGUAUCAACAUCUGUCACAGAUAGUGCCGACACUGUUCCUACUGAUGCUUCGAUCUUAACGGACAGUGCACCAGCUACGCUAUCUACAGCAUCACCUGCCGGCACUACGGCUACAGAUAUGACAAACAUUGUAUCAACAUUUGUCACAGAUAGUGCUGCCGCUGUUUCUACUGAUGCUCCGAUCUUAUCGGACAGUACAUCAUCUACGCUAUCUACAGCGACACCUUCCGACACUACAGCUAUAUAUAUGACAAACAUUGCAUUAACAUUUGUCACAGAUGGCACCGACACUGUUUCUACUGAUGCUCCAAUCUUAACGGACAAUACACCAACUACGCUAUCUACAGCGACACUUGCCGGAACUACAGCUACAGAUAUGACAGACAUUGUAUCAACAUCUGUCACAGAUAGUGCCGACACUGUUACUACAGAUGUUCCGAUCUUAACGGACAGUACAUCAACUACGCUUUCUACAGCGACAUCUGCCGGAACUACAGCUGCAGAUAUGACAGACAUUGUAUCAACAUCUGUCACAGAUAGUGCCGACACUGUUACUACAGAUGCUCCGAUCUUAACGGACAGUACACCAACUACGCUAUCUACAGCAACACCUGCCGGAACUACAGCUACAGAUAUGACAGACAUUGUAUCAACAUCUGUCACAGAUAGUGCCGACACUGUUCCUACUGAUGCUUCGAUCUUAACGGACAGUGCACCGGCUACGCUAUCUACAGCAUCACAUGCCGGCACUACAGCUACAGAUAGGACAAACAUUGUAUCAACAUCUGUCACAGAUAGUGCCGACACUGUUCCUACUGGUGCUCCGAUCUUAACGGACAGUGCACUGGCCACGCUAUCUACAGCAUCACCUGCCGGCACUACAGCUACAGAUAUGACAAACAUUGUAUCAACAUCUGUCACAGAUAGUGCCGACACUGUUGCUACUGAUGCUCCGAUCUUAACGGACAGUGCAUCGGCUACGCUAACUACAGCAUCACCUGCCGGCACUACAGCUACAGAUAUGACAAACAUUGUAUCAACAUCUGUCACAGAUAGUGCCGCCACUGUUCCUACUGAUGCUCCGAUCUUAUCGGACAGUACAUCAUCUACGCUAUCUACAGCGACACCUGCCGACACUACAGCUAUAGAUAUGACAAACAUUGCAUUAACAUUUGUCACAGAUGGCACCGACACUGUUUCUACUGAUGCUCCAAUCUUAACGGACAGUACACCAACUACGCUAUCUACAGCGACACUUGCCGGAACUACAGCUACAGAUAUGACAGACAUUGUAUCAACAUCUGUCACAGAUAGUGCCGACACUGUUACUACAGAUGCUCCGAUCUUAACGGACAGUACACCAACUACGCUAUCUACAGCGACACCUGCCGGAACUACAGCUACAGAUAUGACAGACAUUGUAUCAACAUCUGUCACAGAUAGUGCCGACACUGUUCCUACUGAUGCUUCGAUCUUAACGGACAGUGCACCGGCUACGCUAUCUACAGCAUCACAUUCCGGCACUACAGCUACAGAUAGAACAAACAUUGUAUCAACAUCUGUCACAUAUAGUGCCGACACUGUUCCUACUGGUACUCCGAUCUUAACGGACAGUGCACUGUCCACGCUAUCUACAGCAUCACCUGCCGGCACUACAGCUACAGAUAUGACAAACAUUAUGGCACCGACACUGUUCUAUGAUGUUCCGAUCUUAACGGACAGUACACCAACUACGCUAUCUAUAGCGACACCUGCCGGAACUACAGCUACAGAUAUGACAGACAUUGUAUCAACAUCUGUCACAGAUAGUGCCGACACUGUUACUACAGAUGUUCCGAUCUUAACGGACAGUACAUCAACUACGCUUUCUACAGCGACACCUGCCGGCACUACAGCUAUAGAUAUGACAGACAUUGUAUCAACAUCUGUCACAGAUAGUGCUGACACUGUAACUACAGAUGCUCCGAUCUUAACGGACAGUACAUCAACUGCGCUUUCUACAACAUCACUUGCCGGCACUACAGCUACAGAUAUGACAGACAUUGUAUCAACAUCUGUCACAGAUAGUGCUGACACUGUAACUACAGAUGCUCCGAUCUUAACGGACAGUACAUCAACUGCGCUUUCUACAACAUCACUUGCCGGCACUACAGCUACAGAUAUGACAAACAUUGUAUCAACAUCUGUCACAGAUGGCACCGACACUGUUACUAAAGAUGCUCCGAUCUUAACAGACAGUACAUCAACUACGCUUUCUACAGCAUCACUUGCCGGCACUACAGCUUCAGAUAGGACAUAUAUUUUAUCAACAUCUGUCACAGAUGGCACCGACACUGUUCCUACUGAUGCUCCGACCUUAACAGACAGUACAUCAACUUCGCUUUCUACAGCAUCACUUGCCGGCACUACAGCUACAGAUAUGACAAACAUUGUAUCAACAUCUGUCACAGAUAGUGCCGACACUGUUCCUACUGAUGCUCCGAUCUUAACGGACAUACAUCGACUAGCUUCUACAGCAUCACCUGCCGGCACAACAGCUACAGAUAGGACAAACAUUUUAUCAACAUCUGUCACUGGUGGCACCGUCACUGUUCCUACUGAUGCUCCGAUCUUAACGGACGGUACAUCGGCUACGCUAUCUACAGCAUCACUUGCCGGCACUACAGCUACAGCUACAGAUAUAACAAACAUUGUAUCAACAUCUGUCACAGAUAGUGCGGACACUGUUCCUACUGAUGCUCCGAUCUUAACGGACAAUACAUCAUCUACGCUAUCUACAGCAUCACUUGCCGGCACUACAGCUACAGAUAUGACAGACAAUGUAUCAACAUCUGUCACAGAUAGUGCCGACACUGUUCCUACUGAUGCUCCGAUCUUAACGGACAGUACAUCAACUACACUAUCUACAGCAUCACUUGCCGGCACUACAGCUACAGAUAUGACAGACAAUGUAUCAACAUCUGUCACAGAUAGUGCCGACACUGUUCCUACUGAUGCUCCGAUCUUAACGGACUGUCCAUCGGCUACGCUAUCUACAGCAUCACUUGCCGGCACUACAGCUACAGUUAUAACAAACAUUGUAUCAACAUCUGUCACAGAUGGCACCGACACUGUUCCUACUGAUGUUCCAAUAAUAACGGACAGUGCAUCGGCUACGCUAUCUACCACUGUUACAGAUGUGAGAAACAUUACAUCAACUUUUGUUACAGCCGAGAACGACACUGUUCCCACUGGUGAUCAUUUUAUCACCACUUCUACAUUGUUUACGCCACGUGCAACCACUCUUGCCGGAACAAGCGUUGUGUCCUCUGCCGUAACUGAUGUUCUAUCAACUUCUGCUACAGAUACCAACACUGUUCCUACUGAUGUUUCUGUUAUCACAGACAGUGCAAAAACAACGCCUUUUUCAACAGAUCUUGUUAACGCAAGUGUUAUGGCCACUACCGUUACAGUCACAAGCGAUGUUACAAGGGAUGUAUCAAUUCCAGACAGUACUGUCACCGUUUCUACCAUUGUUCCUGAAAGCACCAGCAAUACAUUUACUACCACCACAGAUUCCAAUGAAUGCAAGAACAACCCAUGCGUUCCAAACUCCUACUGUAUUGACGGUGCUACAAGCUAUAGAUGUGAAUGUCUGCACGGCUUUACAAUGAUUGACGGCUUGUGUUUGGACGUUGAUGAAUGUGAUGAUGAUGUUUGCAUGGAGGACGCCACGUGCAUUAACACCGAUGGCAGUUAUACGUGCAAGUGUAAUGAAGGUUUUCAACAAAUACAGAACUUGUGUAUAGAUGUAGACGAAUGUUCAGAUGAGGAAACAAUUUGUCCGGAAAACUCGGACUGUGUGAAUACAAAGCCUGGUUUUGAAUGCAAAUGUCGAGAUGGAUAUGCCAACAUGAACAGUACAUGUACAGUUGAUAAAUUCUGA